AUGUGCAACAUUUUUCAGAUUGUUUGGAAGCCUAUGCUACUUCGAAGGACAAUCUGUAUUUUAGCGUGUAUUGUACAGUUCGCAACAUGCGGAUAUCAAAGGUCUAUAGUUCAUUUUGAUAUGAAAGGUGCUCCUCCAAAAGUCGCCUACUUCAAGCAGCUUCUCACCACAAUUAGUGGGUUAGGUGCCACAGGAGUGUUACUAGAGUGGGAAGACAUGUUCCCAUAUCAAGGAGGUCUUUCUAGAGUUGUUAAUAAAAAUGCUUAUACCGAAGAGGAAGUGAUUAGUGUAUUGGAACAUGCACAACAGUUACAACUUGAAGUGAUCCCGUUGGUUCAAACUCUUGCCCAUAUGGAAUGGAUACUGAAAACUGAAGAGUACUCAGUGCUGCGAGAAGACGAGCGUUAUCCAAUGGUAGCUUGUAUUGGGAACCCGGAAAGUUUGGAUAUCAUUUUAGACUCGGUUAACCAACUAAUGAGAAUACAUUCCAACUUCAAUACUGGAUAUGUGCAUAUUGGCGCAGAUGAAGCGUUUCAAGUGGGAAUAUGUGAUGCGGAUCGCGAGAUUUUGCCGGUCAAAUAUGACAACAAUAAGUUGCGUAUGAUCUUCGACCACUUGAGAAUGGUGUCGCUUAACAUUACGGAAGAAUAUCCAUCCACAAAGGUGUUAAUGUGGUACGACGAACUGAAAAGUGCGCCCUUAGAACUUAUCAAAGAAUACAACCUUGACAAUCUUGUGAUACCGGUCGUAUGGAAAUAUACCGCUAACUUGGACAAUGAUUUACCUUCAGAGAUGUGGAAAAAUAUGUCCUACUCGUUUAAGGAAGUAUGGGGUGGCAGUGCUUUUAAAGGCGCGGAUGGUGCUAGUCGGUAUUGGAAUCGCUUGAAACCAUAUAUACUCAACAAUAAAGAAUGGUAUCUUCAAAAUGAAAAAUAUAAACCACAGUUUACGACCUUUGACUCUAUCAUCAUCACUGGUUGGCAAAGAUAUGAUCACUUUGCAUCACUCUGUGAACUUUGGCCAACUUCAAUGGUAUCACUGGCAUUGAACCUGAUUGUUUUAACAAAGUUUCAUAUAGACAAGGAGUCUGCCGAACAAGUAAUACAGGCAUUAAAUUGUCCACAAACCACCACACUUGAUCAGCUUGUGGCUGGGUCGGAUCGGUGCCGAUUUCCCGGGUAUCGAGUACGGGAUUCAAUAAGAGAUUAUGUGCAGUUAAAGACAUUUUUUGAAAACUCCACGUGGGUUCACAAUAGGGAAAACGGCUGGUUGCAAUCGUCACACAUGAGAAUAUCAGCUAGUAACCCAUAUUACAUCGACGCAAUUGGGAAGGCCUACGAAAGAACGCUGAAAAAGUUGGAUACGGUUUCGAAUAGUUUAAGCACUUCGUUUAGUGAAGUGUUUUACCCGGAUGUGAUUGAAGAAUUCAAAACAGAUUAUUUCCAGCCGUUCUAUGAGGACCUACAAAAAAGAAAAGAGUCAGUCGACAACAUUGAUACAAAACGAUUUUACGUGCCGCGUCCGUGGUUCCGGAGGUGAACAGUUGGUGUAAUUUAUUUUGCCAUUUCGAUGAUAUACGGCUUUACGUUCAAUGUGUAUUCUUGCCAAUCUAGACGUUACUACACGGCCUGGUCCAACCCUUACUCUAACUUCUCAUUUCUAUGAAAUUUCAAAUUCCAUGAUUCAUGUUUUCAGGAUGCUUUAAUUUUUUGAUUGAAUACAAUAAAAUGAUUUUGGUUUUUCAAAAUGAU